GGAGAGAAUCGUAUUUUCUCUCGGAAUGCAAUUUACGUCUUCCAAAGGUUUAUUUUUUUUUAGGCAUAUGAGAAAUAAGUAGAUAAUAUUGCCAUAAGAAAUAGACUUAGCCUAAAUUGUGCUAUGUGCCCGAGCAAGAGUUUUUCUUUUACCAGUUUGAUGACCAAAUGACAGUUAUAUCCUGGGGGGUGCCUUAAACACACACACACAAAAUCCUGCAGCAUUUAAGUUAAAACUGAUUUAAAACUUGGCAGAUGAUAAAUGAACUGCAGACACUGUUUUAGAACAAAUACUUUGAACACAGUCAACCAGCAACUGAUUUGCAGACUUGACCAUUGCUAUGUUUCAGCGCCAACAAGGUGCGUGCUAAUUUUUGCUGGCUUUUGUAAGAAAGGAGGUAUAACAGCUGUGAAACCUCCAGAAAUUGACUGGGAUCCAGAGUGAAGCCUGAACGUGCUGAUGUUUUCUCCAUUAAGGCAGGCUGCCUCUGCUCAGCUUCUAAGCCAGGGAAUUGGAAAAUACUGUGAAAGUAGAGUAUGUAUCCUGAAUAUUUGUCGCGGGGGGCUCAGAUGAGAGGCAGAGGAUUGAAAAUGGGCACAGUAAUGUCUCUGCACUCAGUAGAGAAUAAACAGGGAGGGUCAUGGCUUGCAGCCACACAGGAGAAGAACUUAGAGCUUAAUCUGAGGUCUCCAUGGCUGUAGCUGAGCCUCAGAGCAUCCUUUCCGGUGUUGGUGCUUGUGAGAGGAGAAGCAGAAGAGAAGAAAGACUGUCUCAAGCCUGGGUUUCUGAACCAUUUCCAGGCCUUGCUUCUGAUAGGCACCUGGAUCAUCUGACAUAGAUUUCCCCCCAGUGAAGAGGUCAGAGUGUGGUGGAAUCGAGCUGACAUAAGGUAGGUUGGAAAUGCUGUGUGUGGUCAGCGUGACAAGAGCAUCAGGACCAGGCAGAGAGCUGAGUACUUCAGCCCUCUAGUCUGCCUGAAAGCCCUGUCAGCCUGCGGGGGCUCUGAGAAGGCAUCUGUGGGCGCUGCUUUGCGAGCGGCUGACAGGCUGUCUUGUCCUUUGCUGUGGUGCCCAGGUCUUGCAGCUCUGCCACUUCAGGCCUGGAGGGCUGGGAGAUGGCUGUGCUUAGUCAAGGCCAGCCUGCCCUCAUCACUCGUCUGUUUCUUUCUGUGCCUUCUCAGCCUCCCACAGCUACACCCAGUGUACGGAGAGGAGAGCAAGGGUCUUCUAGGAACCUUCAUCACCACCACCCACCAGCUCUUUUCCCUGCCUGCUGUCCAUCUGUUGGGUGGAUCCCCUUUGUCUCCCAUUCUUCCCACUGGUCUGUCCCAGGUGCUUUCGCAGUGAACUAAGCUGAGCUGGGGGCAAGCCCCUUUCAGGAGCCAUUCUGGAAGCAGUCAGAGGUCAGCAAACUAUGGCCCAUGGGCCAAAUCUAGCCUGCUACAGCCUGUUUUUGUAAAGUUCAUGAGCUAAGAAUAUGUUUUACAUUUUAGAGUGUUCAAGAAACAAAGAAAAAUACAGGAUAGAGACAGAUAUGGCCUGCAAAGCCUAAAAUUUGUAUUAUCCAACCCUUUGGAGAAAAUGUAUGCUGACCCCUGAUUUUUAACAUUGAUGAGUGUAUGAUCGGUGGGUUGAUGCAGUUUAUUAAGUCCUUAACAGUUUAAAUGGGCUUUGCUUUGGAAAUUGACUUAAUUUCCCAGUCUGUGUUAAGUGGCUUUAUUGCCUCCAAAGAAUUAAUUCAGAACCAAGGAAGUUGAAGAUUUUCUGUAGGGUCCAAACAAUGGGAAAGAAAUGUCAGAUGAACUACGCACCUACAGUUUGUUGGUUUUUACCCUCUCCCCUUUUUGGUGAACCUGCUGGCGGAGACAGCUGUGACACCACACAUUGACCCUAUCUGCUGCUGAGAGAGCCUGAUGGGGACCCAAAAUCUUGCCAGCUCACUCAAAAAUGAUUCGCUUCCUGGUUUCUCUUUUGUGGACUGAAUGCUGGCCCGAGUUCUAUAAUCUGAGUUGUUUGGUGCUGCCACUUGGGGAAAAAAAAUUUUUUCUGUAAUAAAACAUAAGACUUAAGCAAAUAUGAUAUUUUCUCAUACUUAGAACAGUGUUUCUUUAUUGCUAAGAAAGCUUAUGGAGACCCACGAACCUUACCCCUGAACAUGCAGUUCUCCUCAACCCAGCACAGGAUCUCAUUAUUCAUAUCAUUUCCAGUAAGGGAAGAGAAAAAUCUGCUGACCUUGCUCAUGUGUAGCUUGGAUCAAAACUGCAAAGCCUGGAGAUGGAGCUGACUUCUGUAAGCAGCUUACUGUCCACAGCAGAAGCACAGAACAGUUUCUCACCAGGAGAUUGUAGUUUAAGAAAAAAAAAUUAAACGGCUAAUAUAAUUUUUUCUCUCUAAGACACUUCAGCCCCUGUCAUCCUAUAUUUGGAAAUGGGGUGCUGUCAGUAGAGAAGAAUGGGGGUGGGGCCUAGUUUGACAGAUGAAAACAAGUGAGGGAGGAUGAAAAUACGUGCAGCACGGUGCCCCAUGAGAGCACAGGCCUGGAACACAAGGAGAAGCAGCGCGCUUGACGAGCCAGGUUGUCCGAGCUGGCAGGAGUGGGCCCUUGAAUCUACCAUGUGAGCCAGGCAGCACCUUGUCAGUAUUUAGAAAGGGGAUUGGCUCCGAAUUUUGAGAUUAAGCAACCUGCUAUUCCUGUAUGCACUGGAAUUUCCAACACAGAAACUUGAUUUGCGUAACUGCUGAAACUCAACUGGAAGCCAAUCAGACCGCGGCCUGGACUCCCUGAGCAAGGGGCAGUUAAGAAUCACAGCACGUGAGGGAAUUUAUCAAGUUUGCCCAAGAGGGUAUGUUGCUGGGUGGCCAGACCCAAUGGGCAGGAUCUGGGGUGAAGGAUCAGCUUUGGGUUCCCAGAAGGCCAUGAUCAGAGGUUACCUGGCCGAGCAGUGCUGGAAUGGCGGCUUUAUCUACCUGAUCAUGCUGCGUCGCUUCAAGCACAAAGUCCACACUCCUUAUAAUGGCAAUGCUAAUAGCAGCUCUGAACCAGGAGAGACACCCACCCUGGAGCUGGGGGACCGAGCUGUGAAAAAAGGGAAAAGAGCAAGAAAGUUUGGGGUGAUUUCGAAGCCUUCUACCCACAAGGCCCCUGAGGAAUCCAAGAGCAGUACUGGGUGUGAGCUGGACAGCGACCCCAUCUCAGAGCCGGAUAAUGGCCCAGACCCUGAAAUUGGAAAUGGUCACACUUUUGAGCUAGAAGAUGGCCCAGAUUCUCUCAAGGAGGUGGCUGGAUGCCAUCUAGACAGGUCAGAGGCAGACAGAGGGACAGAGCCUAGAAUCCCAAAGACAGAUGCGCCUCUGCCCACAAGCAAUGACAAAGGCUGCUUCUCAAAAUCUGGGAAGACAGACUUCCAGUCAAGUGACUGCCUGGCACGGGAGGAAGUUGGCCGGAUAUGGAAGAUGGAGCUGCUUAAAGAAUCGGAUGGGCUGGGAAUUCAGGUUAGUGGAGGCCGAGGAUCAAAGCGCUCACCUCACGCUAUCGUUGUCACCCAAGUGAAGGAAGGAGGUGCCGCUCACAGGGAUGGCAGAUUGUCCUUAGGCGACGAGCUGCUGGUAAUCAAUGGUCACUUGUUGGUUGGCCUCUCCCACGAGGAAGCUGUGGCCAUUCUUCGCUCAGCCACUGGAAUGGUUCAGCUGGUGGUGGCCAGCAAGGAAAGCUCUGCAGAGGACCUACUGAGGCUGACAUCUAAGAGUUUGCCUGAUCUGACCAGCUCAGUAGAGGACGUGUCCUCUUGGACUGACAACGAAGACCAGGAGCCAGACGGGGAAGAAGACGUAGGCACCAGCUCGUCUGCCAUCCAGGGAGCAAUGCCUGGGACAGAUGAGCCCCAAGAUUUGUGUGGCCUCGAGGAAUCCAAGGGGAACCUGGAAAGUCCCAAACAGGGCAGCAGUAAAAUGAAGCUCAAGAGUCGUCUCUCAGGGGGUGUACACCGUCUGGAGUCUGUCGAGGAAUACAACGAGCUGAUGGUGCGAAACGGGGAUCCCCGGGCCAGGAUGUUGGAGGUCUCCCGUGACGGCCGGAAGCACUCCCUUCCCCAGCUCCUGGACUCCGGUGGAGCGGCACAGGAAUACCACAUUGUGAAGAAGUCCACCCGCUCCCUCAGCACCACCCAGGUGGACUCUCCUUGGAGACUCAUUCGGCCGUCGGUCAUCUCUAUCAUUGGGCUCUACAAAGAAAAAGGCAAGGGCCUUGGCUUCAGCAUUGCUGGAGGUCGAGACUGCAUUCGAGGACAGAUGGGGAUUUUUGUCAAGACCAUUUUCCCAAAUGGAUCAGCUGCAGAGGAUGGAAGACUUAAAGAAGGGGAUGAAAUCCUAGAUGUGAAUGGAAUACCAAUAAAGGGCUUGACAUUUCAAGAAGCCAUUCAUACCUUUAAGCAAAUCCGGAGUGGAUUAUUUGUCUUAACGGUGCGCACAAAGUUACUGAGCCCAAGCCUGACGCCCUGCUCAACACCCACGCACGUGAGCAGAUCCAGCUCCCCAAACUUCAACACCAGUGGGGGGACCCCAGCGGGGGGCUCCGAUGAAAGCAGUUCUUCAUCCCUGGGUCGGAAGACCCCUGGGCCCAAGGACAGAAUUGUCAUGGAAGUAACACUGAACAAAGAGCCAAGAGUUGGAUUGGGUAUUGGGGCCUGCAGCCUGGCUCUAGAAAACAGCCCUCCGGGCAUCUACAUUCACAGCCUUGCCCCAGGAUCAGUGGCCAAGAUGGAGAGCAACCUGAGCCGCGGAGAUCAAAUCCUGGAAGUGAAUUCAGUCAACGUUCGCCAUGCUGCUUUAAGCAAAGUCCACGCCAUCUUGAGCAAAUGCCCCCCAGGACCUGUUCGCCUUGUCAUUGGCCGACACCCUAAUCCAAAGGUUUCCGAGCAGGAAAUGGAUGCAGUGAUAGCACACAGCACUUACCAGGAGAGCAAAGAGGCCAAUUCCUCCCCUGGCUUAGGUAUCCCCUUGAGGAGUCCCUCACUUGCAAAAAAGCAGGACUCCCUGAUUUCCGAAUCUGAGCUCUCCCAGUACUUUGUCCAAGAUGUCCCAGGCGCCUUGUCAGACUUCGUGGUGGCUGGCUCCGAGGACGAGGACCACACGGGGAGCGGCUGCAGCCCCUCCGAGGAUGGCUGCCUGCCACCCAGCACCUCCACUCCCAAGGAACCAGGAAAAGCCAGGGCCAACAGCCUGGUGUCUCUAGGAAGCCAGCGGGCCUCUGGGCUCUUCCACAAGCAGGUGACAGUUGCCAGACAAGCCAGUCUCCCUGGGAGCCCUCAGGUGCCCCGAAACCCUCUCCUUCGCCAGAGGAGGGUGGGCCGCUAUGAUGCUGAGGAUGCCAGCGACGAGGGAGAGUUUGAUGGCGAAGGCGACUGCCUCUCCCUGCCUGGGAGCCUCCCAGGUCCCAGCAGGCCUCUGACGGAGGACGACUCUAGGCAUGUCUUGACGACCUCUCCCAAGGUCAUGGGGAUCAACGACCAAGAGGAACAGCCCCAGAAAACACUGGUCAGCAAGGCCUCCUCAGUGCCUCUCUUUGGCAGCCCAUUGGAUUUAGAGGAGAGUGUCCCAGGCGGCCUGGGGGUCACUCCUUCCCAUACAGCCAGCCUGCUGGCUUGUGCAGAGGCCCCCAGGGGUGGGCCGGGCUGUUCGGGAAGGAGGGGUCUGUCAGGAUCGGGGAGUUCACCCAAACUGGAAUAUGAGGCUGACACAGGCACCCAGAGGCUGAUGAGCACAGAGAGCCCAAGCUCCCCCCAGCAGAAGGAAGAUAAGCUGGGGGUCAGGCACAAACCAGUGGCCAGGGUCAGCCCACACUGCAAGAGGCCAGAGGCUGAGGCCAGGCCCAGCGGCUCAGAGACAGUAAAUCUGACUGAUGGGGCUGACGGCCACUGCGGCCUGGACUUGAAAGUGCAGAACACUUGCAUCCGAGUGACCGUGACUGGUUUUCGGCCGGGUGGAACCUCAGAGAAGGAAUCUCUGGGAAAGCUGGCCAUCGGGGAUGAGUGUGUUCCUCCCAAAUGCCGGCGAGCCAGUGCUCUGCCCCACCCUGCAGAGAACCUGCCUGGAGCUGCACCAGAGCGGACAGGACCAGACAGCUCCCCAGACCUCAUGCCUUCCCCGGGGCAGACAGGGGCAGCUGACCCUGAGCCCAGCAAGACCUCAGUGGACUCGGGGCAAGUGAGACAGCCGGAGGACCUCAGAAAGCCAGCGUCACCCUGGGUCCCUGAGUCUGAGGACAGAUCUCAAGUCUGCCUCACCCAGGAGUGCAGCACAUUCCUGGGGAAGGCGGCCACAGCUCGUCCUGACUUCAGCAGCACUCCAGCAGCCCCGGAAGCCAGCUCACCCAGCAGCACCAGGAAGGCAUCAUACAUCAGAGUGGCCCCCGAGGAAGAGGGAGCAUCUACAGCUGGUGCUAUCCUGUCACGAGACCACCUCAUGCCCCAGGUGGAGAGACUCAGAGACACAGGUAACCACAGCAAGGCUGAGCAGACCACAGGAAUCCUCGCACCUGAGCACUCCUGGGAGUCUCCUCUGCUCGUGGGGAGACCCUCUGUGUCCAAGAGGGCACCCCAGGCCAGCCGCCCCUUGUCGGCGCCCGUUGACAAGGCCCAAGAGGUGUGCGACGGUGUCCCCGGGCACUGUCGCCCCCAGGACAGUGCAGUGAGCCCCGUGACUGACAUUGACAGGCUCAUCAAGGACUUGGAUGCAUCUGAAGCAAGACUUCAGUCUCCUCCGGAAGGGGACUGGGUGCACCCAGAGGGCGAUGCUCAGGGUCAGCCUCCUGCAGGAGCUGGAGGUGGAAGUUCCCACUAUGCUGAGCCAGCCCUGGGGAGCCAGACCCCCACCCCGAGGAGGGCCUGGGCUGCCGGCCAAUCCCCUCACCCACAGUGGGCCUCCCAGCCUUCAGUUUUGGAUUCGAUUAAUCCUGACAAGCAUUUUACUGUGAACAAAAACUUUUUGAGCAACUACUCUAGGAAUUUUAGCAACUUUCACGAAGACAGUAUGACCCUGCCAGGCCCGGGUGGCAGCAUGGAGCCACCUCUCCCAUCCAUGUACGGCGAUGCCGAGGACUCGUCUGACCCCGAGUCACUCAUGGAAGCCCCACAAGCUUGCACCAGGGACAACUGGUCACCUCCUCGUCCUCCUGGGUCAUCUCACAGGGACGAUACCACGGAGUCUGAGGAGGAGCAAAUCGAAAUGUGUUCCACGAAUGGCCCCCCCAGGGUACCCAGUCUGGCUGCCCAGGCACCUGCGCAGGCUGCACCCCGCCCUGCUUUAGCCAAAGUCCUGCCAUUAAAGCACAGCACUCCGGGUCCGGUGGCAGGAAAUCCACGGGAGGGCAUGAUCUUCGUGCCAGGGGCCUCGUGCUCUUCAAUCCCAGACUCUUCCCAGCCAUUUUCUCUCUCGGAUCAAGGUUCUCAGGAGCAUGAACCUCACAUGGACACGAGGAUUUCACAAAACCCCAGGCCCACAAGUGAGGAAGAAACCACAGGAGCCCCCGGGGCCAGCUCGGCUACGGAAAACAGCCAGCUUCCCAAAGCUGCCAGACAUUUUUACAGCCUUCCAGUCACUCUCAGCGACCCGAACAUGGUAAAUGGUUUGCAGCAUGACUCGCCAGGUGGCAAAGCCCCAAAUAAAAGACAAGAAACAAAUGUUAAUGCAACCAAAAAUCCGUCCCCCUUUAGUGAGGACGUCCCUAAGGAUGGAGAAUCUGUUUUGGCAAAUCUACACAUCUCCGAAAGUCAAGACCUGGAGGGUGUGCUACAGAAACCAAAAAUGACCCCCCGGAGGCCAAUCAUGGCCUGGCUUAAAGAAAUAAAUAAAAAUACCCAAGGUACACAUUCCCAGAACAAAACUGAAAAGGAUCAAUCCAUGAUGCCAGCCAGAAGUCCUGACUCCAAAAGUCAGGUGUUGAGCUCCAGCCACAGAAAGGGUGCCAUGCCCUCCAGCCCUCCUCAGCUGAAACUGAAUCUGGAAAAUCAAGACCCGCCUAAAAAGAGCUCUGUGGAGACACUUUUAAGUAACUGUCAGAAACCCAAAUCCGGUCCCAAGCUGAAGAGACUGAACAUCAAAAGCAGAAGCAAAGUCAGUUCCGAGGCCCCUGCUGCUAACGUGGCUAAGGCUGGGGGGGUCGACCACAGGAGAUCCCUCAUUUCACCCCAGGCCUCCCACAAAGUGCUUUCUAAGGUAGCAUCUCACCGCGUCCACAUGGCCCAUGAGGAACCAGACCAGAAUGCCACAGCCACCCCCGCGUCUCCCCAGUGUGGGCUGGACAGUAAGCUGCCCCCCACGGCCUCGGGGUCACUGAAGGCCUCAGCAUCAGACACAAGCAUCAGAACAUUCACUUCACCCCUGACCUCCCCCAAGGCUCUUCCUGAGCAAGGUUCUUGCAGCAGGUUCCACACAGCUUUACACUCGGAGCCCGACAGGGGUUGCCUAGCCUCCCCCAGAUCUCCUAAGUGUGGACUGGAGCACAGGGCUCCCCCUGCCACCUCAGGGGUGAGCCCACUGGUGCCCAGGAGCAGCACAUCCUCUGCCCCAACUGAGCAGGAGAUCCCACCUCCCGGGCACAAUGAGUGGCUUGUGAGUGGCCAAGCGGAUUCAGCACCAGAGGCGGCCCAAGCCGGGGGGACUGGAGGCACAGGAAACAAUUCAACUACCAGUGGCCCCCUAGAAGGAGCAAACCAGCUGAAAAUUGUUGAGAUUUCUUCUGAAAGAAUGCCAACUAAUGCAUGCGGUGACAAGCCAGCUGAAAAUGACAGGCGAGGAGAGUUCUUGGCCCAGAGCAACUGUCAGGAGAACAGUGAAAUCAGACUCUGUCACCAGGCAGUGGAAUCGUUCCCAAAUCAUCCCUUGUCACUCCCAUCUCAUGCCUGCCAGGUGGAGCAGGAAAUGCAACGAUCUUUCAAAGUGGCAAAACUGGCUUCCUCCUGCUCGUCCCCACAACUGCCUACUAAAAAGUUAGAUGCCAACCAGGGAAAGUUGAGCCAGAUGUCUGACUCCCUAGAGAUGCCCCAAAACGGCACACCCGCGGGCCCAGCCCUGGAUGACCAUCCCUACUUCAUGCCCAGGCCGGCAACCCGCACCUACUCCAUGCCAGCCCAGUUCUCGAGCCACUUUGGACGGGAGGGGCAUGCCCUGCACAGCCCAGGUCACUCCUACCGAGACUGCCAGGUGCCCAUGACAAGCGGUGGCCUCUCUGAGGCCAAAGCUUCCAGAGGCAGCGUCCUUGGCCUGGCCAAUGGGCAGGGAGUAUAUAGUGUAAAGCCCCUGCUGGAGACCCCGAGGAACCUUCCAACAGCAGACGAUGGGGCUGUCCUUUCAGCGCCAGAAACGAGCUGCCCAGUUGCAGACAAAAUCAGGGUCACCAGAAGACAUUACUACUCUGAGCAGCACUGGCCCCAUGAAUCUACCUCAUUUUUCUCUGUGAAGCAGAGGAUCAAGUCCUUCGAGAACCUGGCCAAUUCCGACCGGCCGGCAGCCAGGGCCGGGGCUCCCGCCUUCCUGUCAGUGAGCUCCAAGCCCCCCAUUGGGAGACGCUCGUCGGGCAGCACCGCUUCUGGGAGCCGCAGCCAGGCCGGCGACGCAACGGCACGGGCCCUGAGACGCAGCCUGAGCUCCUGCAGCGAAAGCCAGAGUGAGGCCAGCGCCCUCGCCCCUCCCAUGACCCAGUCCCCGUCCAGCACGGCGCUGGCGGCCUCCCGGCAGAGUGCGGCGGAGGCGGGGAACAGAGGCUGCGGUUCAGCCCCGGAGCCACCGCCCGGCCCUGCGGGCACUCCCACCCGGACAGCAAACCCGGCCUCUCCCGCCAGGAGGAACCGGUCCUCCGUGCGCCACACCCAGCCGUCGCCUUUGUCCCGCUCCAAGCUGCAGGAACUUAGGGCCCUGAGCAUGCCCGACCUUGACAAGCUCUGCAGAGAGGACUUCUCGGCUGGGCCGACUGCCGUGCUCUUCAAAACCGAGCUGGAAAUCGUCCCCAGGAGGUCGCUGGGCUCCCCUGCUGGAGGCCUCAAUGGGAACAGGGCCUGCCCAGGAGGAAGCAGCCCUAAGGCCGGAGCGCCUGGGACACCCCGUCCAGCCCAUGAUGUGGGUGAAACCACCCAGGACCUGCCUUCGGGAAAAAGCUGGUCAGUUAAUCUGGAUCAACUUCUGGUCUCAGCGGGGGAGCAGCAGAGAUUGCAGGCUGUGUUAUCAUCAGUGGGGUCAAAGUCUGCCGUCCUGACCCUCAUUCAGGAAGCGAAAGCACAAUCAGAGAAUAAAGAAGAUGUUUGCUUCAUAGUCUUGAAUAAAAAAGAAGGCUCAAGUCUGGGAUUCAGUGUGGCAGGAGGGACAGAUGUGGAGCCAGAAUCAGUUGUGAUCCACAGGGUGUUUUCUCAGGGGGCAGCUUCUCAGGAAGGGACUGUGAGCCGAGGGGAUUUCCUUCUGUCAGUCAAUGGCGCCUCCUUGGCUGGCUUGGCCCAUGGGGAUGUCCUGAAGGUCCUGCACCAGGCGCAGCUGCACAGAGACGUCCUUAUGGUCAUCAAGAAGGGGAAUGGUUGGCCCAGGCCCUCCACCAGGCAGGAGCCUCCCACGGCCCCUGAAAGUGGCUCGCUGUCCAGCAGCACCAGCCCCCUGCAGCCUGGAAUGGAUGCCUUGGCUGCCAAGAAAAGUGCAGCUGCACACGACGCUCUGUGUGUUGAAGUGCUGAAGACUUCGGCUGGGCUGGGAUUGAGUCUGGAUGGAGGAAAAUCAUCUAUGUCUGGAGAUGGGCCUCUGUUCAUUAAGAGAGUGUACAAAGGUGGUGCGGCUGAACAAGCUGGAACCAUAGAAGCUGGAGAUGAAAUUCUUGCCAUUAACGGAAAGCCCCUGGUUGGACUCAUGCAUUUCGAUGCCUGGAAUAUUAUGAAGUCUGUCCCAGAAGGGCCUGUGCAGUUAGUAAUUAGAAAGCACAGGAAUUCUUCAUGAAACCAGCACUAGUAGUGACACUCAGCAGUGCUUGUUACCUUUUUUAACAAGAAUCUUAUUUUCUCAGUUCCCUUCUUUAACAAAUCAGAAUGACUUCUUUAAAUGACGGUUACUGAAACAAGAAACACUGGCAUAGGCAAGGACUAUAAAAAUCUCCAAGUUUUCACUUAUACAUGAAGUUGAGUUCUGGAAACCUUCCACCUGGAUCACCAAGGCCUGGAAGGCUUAUUUUGCCCCAGUGCCUGCCCGCUUCCUUUGAAACAUUUAGACCUUUGCAUCCUUCUUGCGACCUCUCCCAGCACACCCAGUCCUGGCAAUUGGGGAGCUAACAAAGUCUGAGGGGCAACACAAAAGUCACAGCUAAAACAAUGAUAGUUUUAUAUAAAAAUUUCAUGAGUAAGCAACAGAAUGCUUUUAGGCACAUUCAGUGGAAGGACCUGUAGGGUCUACCUUACCCUGAAAAGAAAAUGAGACUUAAAAAAAUGGUUAGGCUGAGCUCAGGAAUUGUCCAAAAAUGAAAAAGCAAAAUACAGAAAGUUUUAUUUUUUAGUAUAAUGUGCAAUAUAUGGAUGCAGAGUUCAAUUUGAUGAGUUAAUGAUCACCAUGAAAUGCUGAUCAUGAUCUGAAAGUGUAAGUCGUAAGGCUAUUUUACAGAAAUGCAGUUCCAAUAGACUCUACUAAGUAGCCAUGAACUUCACUGCUUAGACUAAGCAGGAAGUGCCAGCUAUGAAAACACCUAGCCUGUAAUUUGCAACUUGUCUUGAGUAAGCGCUUGAAUUCAAGACUGGUCAACACAAGAGCAGGUAAAAAUAUCAUUGUCACUGGGUUUCCAUUUCUGUAUUUUUUGCACUCCAACCCACUAAUUUAAAUUGUUAGAAAUCAAGUAUCUUUUUCAUAUCCUUGGAGUCAUCAACAUAGGCAUUUUAUUUACAAUCGGAACAGAGGAACUAAACUCCUUCAGGGGACUUUUUAUUUGGUCAUUUUUCCCCCCUUUCCCAACAAGCUUAAGAAAUGUAACAUUUCUAAUUGGAUCUAUUUUCCUGACCUGGAUGUAAUGACAUAGCUCUGCAGUUACUGAAGGUUUUGCUGUCUUUAUUUUCUUGUUUGCAAAUUUUUUCUUUAGCCAAAAAUGUUUCCUGGCAGAAGACUUGUGACUCACACUACUUGUGAAUACUCAUCCCGGCUGCUUGCUCUCCUUUCAAAGCACAAGCUUCCUCAUAGUGGCUGCUGCCUUUCGAAGUGAUGUUCCUUGUCACAAAAUGCUUCUCUCCCCUUGUACUGUACCUUCUGUUCUUAAAUUCCAAAGCUUCAUUAGCUUCAUUUACCAAAAUGUAAUAAGAAAACUGGAAAUGAAGGUGAGUCACUUUCAAGGUAAAGGAGACUAUGUAGUCACAAUCCAAAUCCUCAGGUGGCGCAGGCCGGCUCACUGAGGAGCACGAGUGAGCGCACGUGACUGUGUGCAUGAUGACACUAAGGCUUUCACAUUGGAGACUUCUUUAAACACCCUUCAGCUUGGGUUUAUGGCUUCAAGACCCAGAAGGACUCAGGGGCCAUCAUACCCACCCUAAUCACGGAGGUGCUUGAGCAUCAUUUUACUUACCUUUGUGCAUCAUUUUUCUGAGUGACUAAUCCCAGUAAACCUCUGUGGAGCUGGCCCAGAGAGGUCUCAGAUGGGAACGAAUAUCUGACUGGUGUGAGCCCAGACUUCUCAUAUUUUUAGCAGCUUAUACAAAAGAGAAUGUAGUUCUGGAAUAAGCUAGACAGAUCUGAUUAAUUUAGCUUCUACAUUUCACUACAGUUCCAUAUAGGAUACUAUAGGAAGUCAGUGCAAGGUGCAUGCUAGAUUGUUUUUUAAGUAUCUCGGGUCAGUUUUAUAGUUUCUGCUUUCCUGCCUAAAUGACAGAAAGACUGAAGUCAACACUGAAAACUGUGUUUUGCCUCCACUCUUCCACCUGUGCCUACUGUUAAGAAAUGCACAAUCCUCUGCGAACAGACAGGACUCUCUAGAGCAGUGUGAAGCACCAGAAUGGCCUUCUGAGAGUCCCUGAUGCAAGGGUAGAUCUCUGGCUGAAUAAACUAUGAUAGAGUCAUCAGCUGUUUCUAGUAGAUCUUGCCAGAAGGGUUCCCUGGCCUCGGAAUUUAAGGGAGGAAGCAAAGCUAAACUGUUUUUGACCCUACAAUAGAAAGCUAUUUAUUUGUCUUCAGUGUUCAAGGCAUGACUAGUAUUUCUAAUUAGUCUAAUGAAUUCCCACACUUCCUGAGUGAACACUAAUGGUAUUGUCCUACUAAAACUUUCAUUGUUUUGGUUUUUUAACUGGUCAGUUCAUCCACAAUAAGCUAUGAGGGUAAAUAUGUGUAUAACAUGUAUAUCGUAGUUGCAAGGAUAUACCGUGAAGGUUGAAGUAGGUUGGGUUUUGUUUCUGUGCUCCCAUAUGCAUCUCACUUAAUUUUAUGGUUGACUUAAUUGACACCACACCCCUUGUAUACUACACAUUAUCCUUUAUUUAUGUAAAAUAAAAUGCCUUAUAUAUUAAAGAGUAAGUGCAAUAAUAUGAAAUAGCCUGUACAUUUUUUUAAUGUCACCAAGUUAUGUAAAUCCACAUCUCUGUAAACCUUUUUUAAGUAAUUUUAAAAUAAACACUCUGCUUACUA